AUAUAUUACUGCUUAAAUGACAUGCAAAACAUACCUCAGUAUACAAUGAAUUGGGAAUUAUUCCAACAUAUUCAAGUAGCAGCAAAAACGUUUCUGUUCAAACAAAUAUAUAAAUAAUUUAUUGAAUGCCUUAAAAACAAUAACAAUUGUCAUCAUUGUCAAAUCAUAACAAUACAUUCAGUCUUUCAGUCCAGAGGAAGUGCCAAGUCCUUUAGCAAAGCUAUUGCUUUUAAGUUUGUAGAGAAUUCAAUAGAUUAAAAAUACAUUUUCAUUCGAAGUUUGAAUCAAAAAAAAAAAAGAGGUUUGAAUUUAGAAAAUUUAGAUAAAUGUUUUUCUUGGAAGUGACGAUGGAAUUCUGGCGUCACGCCGUUCGUCUGGCGGCCUGCUGACGUAGUCACGUGGCCUCCUCAAACCAAUCAGAGCACGGUUUCAGUCUGUGCGGAAGUGCGUGAAGCCGGUGUCUUGCGGGUGUCAAUCGCAAUCAUGCUGCUGUGGAUUCUGUCCGGCUCUCUGCUUCUGUUCGGCAGUUUUGACGUCUGGUACUUCUUGAGAGCAACGUGGAUGGUGAUCAAGUCCUGGUUCCAGGGUCCGGUUCGAGACGUUAUGGCGGAGCAGGUGGUUCACGGAAGGGUUCUCCUCCACGACCUGGACUUUAUGUGUCACAUGAAUAACGCCCGCUAUCUGCGCGAGUGCGACUUCGCGCGCUACGCGUACUGCACGCGGAACGGGCUCUUUCUGGCGGCGCGUGCGCUCGACGCCUCCAUGCUGAUCGGAGCCACCACCAUCCGCUACCGGCGCUCGCUGGCGUUCGGCGAGGCCUUCGAGCUGCGCACGCGGAUCGUGGCGUGGGACGAGAAGUCCUUCUACCUGGAGCAGAGGUUCGUGUCCAAGACAGACGGGUUCGUUUCUGCUAUCAUGCUGUGCAGGCAGAAUGUCAUUCGCGGAAAUCCACAGAGGAUCUUGGAUCACCUUUGCAAGAGGAAGGUGGAUUGCCCUGAAAUUUCAGAGGAUCUUCAGCACUGGAUCAGGUUCAUCUCUGCCAGCAGUCAGGCUCUGAGAGCAGAGAGUGGACUGGACGACAAGACCAAAUGAUCAUUUCAAAGACUCUUACCGUACGCCUUCCUUCUGCAUGUAAGUUUCCCGUGAUGCUAACCUUAAAACCGUAACUCUCUAAGUGUCCGUUUUAAAGUUACAAAAAGGUUUUAUAGUCCAGAACCUGUGGCUGUUGGCAGCUUCAGUGUUUACUCCACUACACCAGCCCUCCGUAUAGUUUAUUUGUUUAAAAGUAUAACAAUGUCAUUAUUGUGCUUACAAAAUCCAUUCCAGAAGCUGCAAGAAAUAUGACUGACAAACCACAGAGCAUGAAUCUGUUGAGAAACAGAGCGCAUGAACGAAUGUUGAAAACUUGACUCUAUUGACUUGAACGCUGGGGGCUUUUGAACGCUCCUAUGACCAAAUACGCACAUGAACGUAAGAAAAAUCACGUUAAAAGGAUUUGCACUGACUAUUUUAAUAGUAUAAAUGGUAGAUGAGUUCUGAGCAGUGAAUUGGAAUAAGUGUGUUUUAUCAUAUCACAUCAUGGAUUUGUUGUGCUGGUCAGAUAUGUUAAUGUAGUUAUUUAUUCCAAUUUGAAACUGUUUAUUAUUAUUAUUUAUGAAAAGGGAACAUGUAUUUAUUAAAAUAUUUUUUUUUCUGAGAUUUGCAUAAUUUCUUUGAGAAGAGUCUGUAUGUAAAAUAAUUUAAGCACCUGUGAUGAAACUUGAAGACUUGCUUUAUGAAAUAAAAUUCUGCAUUAUAAAUAAUGUUUGUAUGUUUCUGAGUCAUUAGAAACAGUGUUCAUGUAUCUGGAUCAUGUGAGAGCAGCACUACUGCCAUCUAGUGUGAAAAGACUGACAUAUCACGCUCUCAAACUGGAAAGUUGAGUUAAAAAUGUACACGUAUUGCAGAAUGGCAUUAUAUUUGGUUUUGAAUCACUUUUGAAUCCAUGGCAGCAGUACUGAAGCUCACAUAAACAAAACCUGAUGUUCAUGUUCUGCAGCAUAACUUGAGAUGUUCCUCAGAGCGUCUUAGGCCCGGUUUCAUAGACAGGGUUUAGCCUAAACCAGGAUUAAGCCAUAGUUUUUAUAAACAUGCCUUAGAAAAAAGCAUUACUGGUGUUCAUCUUGAGACAAAACAAAGGCACUGACAUGUUUUAAGAUCAGUCAGAGCAAGUUUCUUUCAGUUGAAACCGCUCAGAUUUACAUUUUAGUCUAGGACUGGGCUUAAGCCUUGUCUGUGAAACCAGGGGUUAAGCUUCAGUGUAAGCAAGAAAAUCUGACAAAUUCUGUACAAAGGAG